UCAUAUUACUUUGUUUUUCUUUUUUGGGUAGAGCUUAUGAAUCAUCAAGUGGGAAACUGAGGAAGGCCCGAGGACGUUUCCCACUAAAGGAUACGAACAGAUGCAAUUGCACUUGGCAUACACAAACCUUCUCCAAAAUUGUAUCAUUUUUAAUUGCCACUUUUGUAAAAGUGUGAAAAACUCUAAAGCUUCCACAGAAUUCCAGUGGCCAGAGUGCAUGCUACCACUUUUGAGCGGGUCCCCUUCCUCCUUUCCUAAAAUCUCAACCAUAGCACUUACACUCCUCUCUAUCUCUCUCUCUGUCUUCCAAUUAUCAUCUUACCUUCCCCAUAUAAUCCCCACAACCCUCUACAAUUACAUCCCGACCUAAGUAUAUAUACGAAAAUAUCUAUAUAUGUCAUGUGUGACCAGAAUCAAAAUACUCACGGACAUUGCGCCAAAUAUAACCCACCCCUUGACCUUCCUUCUCAGCCCUCCUUCGGCCACACCCUUUUACACCAAGUCAUCCCACGUUCUCCUCUCCCUCUCUUCACCACCAGAACUUGUUCAAUUACUAAAACACCCUCCCCUCCCCACCACCAUGGCAUCAAGCUCUUGCGGGAAGCAGACUAGGUACCAUGGAAUACGGUGCCGGGGCGGAAAAUGGGUGUCCGAAAUCCGUGAGCCACGUAAGACUAGGCGGAUAUGGCUCGGGACCUACCCAACCCCGGAGAUGGCAGCGUCUGCCUAUGACGUGGCCGCGCUCGCUCUCAAGGGCGGUCAUGCUGUUCUAAACUUUCCGAGCUCCAUUGCCUUGUAUCCAGUGCCAGCAUCCAAGUCACCGGAGGACAUUCGCAGUGCCGCCGCCGCUGCUGCCGCUGCUGUUUCUGCUGCACUACAGUCGAAUGAGGAGGCCAAUAACAGCCUGGAACUCAAGGAGAGUCCGAAGAAGCAAGAGGACGACAUGACGACGAUGAUGAAUAGUACUAGUUUGGCUUCGUCUGUGGGAAUGGACGAAGAAGAGCUUUUCGGGAUGCCAAAUUUGCUGGCCGAGAUGGCAGAGGGAAUGCUGUUGUCUCCGCCGAGACCGCCUGAUUAUCCCGAAUCGGGCAAUUCAGACGGAGGAGAAAGUGGUCUGUGGAGCUUUUGAUUAAUUAUUACCGUUAUAUUUGCCUUAAUUAUUAAUUAUUAGAGUUCUUUUUCAUCUGCAAUAUUGUUCUUUUUUUUCUUAAUGAGAUUUGAAUUGAAUGGAGUAUUUCUUUUGUGCAACAGAUUUUUCUGGCCAUAUAUAUGGUUGCGAUCAAACCAAUGGAGUGUGC